AUGUAUUCGUUACUACCCUUGCGGGCUCCCAUUCCUUUCCAGAACAUCAGCGUCAGCGUCAAAAUGUCGGGCUGGGACAACGGACCUACCCAGGUUGACAGCCAGUGGGGAGGCAACAAUGAGAGCUUCAAUGGCCAGUCCGCCGGCCACGGACAGGAUUAUGCCACUGACAGCAACCAGUACAACGGCAAUGCGGGCAAUGAUGCUGCGUUUGCAAAUGAUGGAAACAAUGGGUACAACGAUCAAGAUGCGCCCCCUCGAGAUGACAAGUGCUUUUCCUGCGGCGAAGAGGGUCACCGCAAAUUCGACUGCCCGAAUGCGGCUCCCAUGACUUGCAAUUACUGCAAGGAGCCCGGCCACAUGGCUAAAGAAUGUCCGACAAAGCCGCCCAUGAGCUGCGACAACUGUGGCGAAGAAGGGCACAUGCGGAAGGAUUGCACAAACGCUCGGAAGAUUGACCGAAGCGGCAUUGUCGACAUGGCUGCUGAGGCUGCCUGGGACCUGAUCAAACGGGCCGCCGUCGAACAAGACGCCGAUGAUGCAAAGGAAGGCAUCCAGGCUUACGUCAAGGCUAUGAACGGUGCAAUUACUUUCCGAGAGCUCCAAGAGGCGUUUAUUCACGGAAACAUCAACUUGUGGCUCAUCGCCACCGAAAAAUCCUUGAUUGAGAUCUUCACAAACAUGGAUCUACAGGGGAACAUGGGCAAGAAGUACACUAUCUCUUACAGGUUCUCUGACCAGCCACAGAGACCGAGAGAGAUAAACGGCUGGCCAAAAGACGUCCAAGAGAUUCUUGCGCGUCUCGAUGAUGCCGGAGACGUCGUGGACGGGGGAAAACCCAAAUGCUCGAACUGUGAUGAACUUGGCCAUAUUGCAAAGCAGUGCACCCAGGAGAAGAUUGUUCGCGAAGUCAAGGGCCAGACUUGCUACAACUGCGGUGAAGAUGGCCACCGAAUCCGUGAUUGCCCCGAGCCUCGCAAGGACCGCUUUGCAUGCAAGAACUGCGGAAAGUCUGGCCACAGAGCCGCGGAAUGUGAAGAGGAACCCAAGCUCGACAACGUCACCUGCCGGAAGUGCGACGAGACUGGACACUUUGCAAAGGACUGCCCCAAGGGUGGUGGCCGUGGCUGCAGAAAUUGCGGCCAAGAAGGCCACUUUGCGGCCGAAUGUGACCAGCCGCCAAACAUGGACAACGUGCAGUGCCGCAACUGCGAGAAAACCGGCCAUUUCAGCCGGGAAUGCCCUGAGCCAAAGGACUGGUCCAAGGUCAAGUGCUCCAACUGCCAGGAGUUUGGCCACACCAAAGUCCGCUGCAAGCAGCCGCCGGCUGACCAGCCAGAGGACGACUAUGGCGGCGGCUUCGACGGCAAUGCUGGCGGUGACUCUGGAGGUAGACAGUCGCAGAACUUUGGCGGCGACUCUGGAGGCGGAGGCGACUGGGGCAAUGGCGGCGGGCAGUCGCAGGACUUCGGCGGCGGCGGCGGUGGUGGUGACGGCUGGUAA